AUGGGUAACUCCUCCAGGAAGGAAGAGGGAGAAGAAGAAGAGGAGGGGGGGAAGGAUGGUGAGGAGGCAGAAAUCACAGAGAAGAAGAAAGAGGAGGAGGCGGAGGUUGAGGAAGAGCUUCCGUUGGGGGUGGAGGAGCUGUUGGAGAGUGGAGACCCCGUGCUAGACUUGAGCUACCGUAAAUUCAAACGGUUACCGUCACGUGUCUGUGGUUUGAUGCACCUGGAGAAGCUGUAUGUUUGCGGAAACAGCCUGCGCACUCUGCCGGACAGCAUCUCCCAGCUGCAGGGUCUGCGGAUACUUGCCCUCGACUUUAACAAGAUGGAGGAUGUUCCCAUGGCCGUCUGCCAGCUCACUAACCUCACUCGCCUCUACCUGGGCAGCAACCGGCUGAUGAGCCUCCCACCUGAGCUGAGGAACCUGCAGAGUCUGCGCUGUCUGUGGGUGGAGAGCAACUACUUUCAGAGAUUUCCACGGGAGCUCUACGACCUGCCCCACCUGAAGUCCCUUCAGAUUGGGGACAACCGGCUGAAGACUCUGCCUCCUGACCUGUGGCGUAUGGAGGCUUUGAGAGGAUUAUGGCUCUAUGGGAACCGCUUUGAUACCUUUCCCAAAGUCCUGCUGCGCAUGGAGAACUUGGAGAUCUUAGACCUGGACCGCAACAAGAUAUCAGAGUUUCCCAGUCUGAAGCGUCUCCGAGCCCUGCGUCUGUUCUCCUACGAUCACAACCCGGUCAAGGAACCUCCUAAAGUGGGUGAAGAGGUGCUAUUAGUUGGGGAAGGGGCUGCAGAGUUCUUGGAGGCGCGGGAGGCCAAGAAGGAGAGGCGACGAAAGGCCGCAGAGAAGGAGGCAGAGGAGUUAGCUCUGGCAGGAGAAGAGCCGGUGAUUCACGGCAUCCUGAAGAACAGCGGCUCAAAACAAGCAACAUCUGAGGCUGCAGUAACCAUAGAGGACGCAGAUGUGAAAGAGGAAGAGCCCCCGGUAAAGGAGGAGGGGGAGGUGGAGCUGCCAUUCACAGAGUAUGAUGGAGCUGAGCUUGAAUAUGAUGAAGAGGGUGUUGAAUAUGAGACGGAGGAGCUGAUAUGUGAAGGAGAGGGGUUUGAGUAUGAGGGUGAGGAGCUGGAGUACGAAAGUGCUCAGAUUGACUAUGAGUAUGAGGACGGGGAGGAACUGGCGGACACAGAGACAAGAUGA